AUGGAGGCACCGUCUGUUCCAGACAGGCGUUAUUCGCUUUUUGACGAAAUCAAUAACAUCGAAUCUACAGACGAUAAUGAGAUCUUUCGACUGGUGACAAACCUUGAUGAGCAUGUUGCGAACUCAGAGGGCUUCCGCUGGCAUGCAGUUAGCACACAAAAAGCCCAGGAUCGCGUUCGAUCCAACUAUCGACACUUUCUCCGGGCCAUAAAGGUGAUCAACGAUAGCAUGUCGGGUGAGGAGGUUGACCGAGAAAUGUUUCUUGUCAAUCAACGCGAGGUCACCAAGCGUCUCAAGCUAUUUAUUAUGUUUAUUGCCAAGUUUGGCCGGGGUCGUGCUCAGGGAGUCAAGAUUAGCUACCGCGGCCUGGUGGUGUACCGCAAUUGCCUCAUGUUCUGGGUUGACAGAAUGGCCACGAUUUACAGCACAACCCCUCUGCCUCGACGUGUACUGUUCAUUACAAUCACCGAAGCGAUGAGAUAUGCCACCCAGAGCUUUGGGUUAAACACUACCGGCAACAUGGAAAUGUCCAAGAUUGGUCUUGCAGAACUACGUCAGUUGAUAGACAUCGAUAUGAUCACCACUCCUGAGAUCUCAGUCGCGGAGCUUCAUCACCUGGCAUGGUGCAUAGGAAGAGUAUGCGCUGUUCGGCCAGGAUCACUUGCUAGAAGUGAUCAUCGACCAGUUGACGCCCCAGAGAAACCAUUCUUAACAUGGGGAGAUAUUGAACUUUCCCGCGGUAGCGAGGAUGGCAAAUUCACUGCCAAGAUCACCAUACGAAACCUCAAGACUAAUUACAAAGAUCCAGAGAAAGCCAGAAACAAGGGUUCAGCCCCCUCUGAGUUAAAAUGCAUCAUCAAGUCGCCUCAGGUUGUCUCGAACCUCAUCUUCUCUAUACCUCAUCGGCUGCUUGUCAUUGCUAUUCGACGUGGGAUUCUCGCUGGCAUACAAACUCUAGACCAGCUGCUGAGUUCAGAGCUGCAAUACAUCACGAUUAGACAAGAGUUUCUCGACAAGCCGGUAUUCCUUGCAGCCGGUCCUCGCGGCCUGACUCUCACUGAGAAGUCUAUGAGAGCCACUGCUCUGACGACGUACAUUUCCCUUCGAGGAAAGAAGAUUGGCUAUGCUCAGGAUCUCACAUUCUACUCUCUACGGCGACGUGCAGCAACAGAUCUUAGCCGCAAGAUAGGCAAGGAUGCUGCACGCUCUCUUAUGAACCACGAUCCGAACUCUCGGAUCCUUGAGAAAUAUUAUCUAUCACUCGAAGAUACUCUUGAUGUUAGUGGAUUAGCUCUUGAUGAGCUUGACGGCAGAGAAAACAACGAUGGUCACACUGAAGACCUGCUAAAGGCUGGGAAUGACCUUGCUAUUCAUGUUCUUUCCAAUGAGCGAGCACGAAGAGUCCAUGGGCCAGCUCUGAACGCUCUGAUGAAUCAAAUGAUGGCGGGUGAUGAAAACUACCCGGCUCUUGCGUCAGCGGAAACGCUUCGAUAUUACAAACGCCGCGUUCGCCGCGCUGCAUUCAAGACACUACUUGCAAAGGAAGUCCAGGAUCAACGUCUCAAGAUGAGCCAAACAGAUUACAACGAGAGACUGGAACGUCUAGGAAGAUCACGCCUCAUUCAAUUUGUUCUCAGCCAAGCUCGACAGAACUUAGAAGCUCCAGAACCAAGUGAGGAUGAAAUCACGGGUGAUGAGCCUGAUUCCGCAGUGGAUGAGAACACCGGGCUAUUUGUUCAUGAUGUAGAGGAACUGCACGAAGAGGACCUCGACGAGCAAGUAGAGGAGGCUGGUGAUGCACCAGUUCACCGAGAUCUGGAUGAAGAACAACUCGAUUUUGCCGAACAUGCAAAUGAUUUUGAUGAUGAUAUCUCAUAUUUCGAAGCCGCCAAAGCAUUUAUGCAGCUUAUACUCGACAACCCGAUGAGCGAGUAUCAGAACUUGAGAAGUGAGGGCGUCCAUUGCUCUCGCUGCCAAGAGGACGAAACAAUCAGCCAGGAAUUGAAGAACAAGAAGUACUUUGACGCUACCCAUCUGCAUGACCACGAACAAUCCAAGCUUCACCUCCCGAAGCAAAAGUGGAAACGACAGAUCACUCGGGCUUUUGAGGCUUCUGGUGAAACCCGUAUUGCUUGCCCUUACUGCAAGCAGCUCGGCAAGGACUCGAGCUUUUUCCAUAUCAAAGCGCUGGUUAAACACAUCGAAUACGGAAACUUCGGUGAUGGGCAUGACCGGUUGAAGCGCGCCGAUGGGUGGUAUGACGAUGGCUGGGACAAGAACCCUAAGGCAAAGUUGAAGACAUUCCUUAAGAACAGUGAGAGGCAGCGUCAAGUUAAGUUGGCUUCUCUCAACAUACGAUAUAGCCAGUACGAGCCAGCUGCUGGGCCGGUGCCCCAUCCUACCAUACCCGGAGUCCUGCUGGGCCCUGGUUCUCGCACGAUCACUCGACCUGGGGUGAAGUUUGUGUCUACAGACGAACUCUCCAAGCCCUCUCCUGUGCCCGAGCACCAAAAACCCUUGAUUAAAUCUGGUGAUCCAUUUGAGCCAUUCGAAGUACCCAAGCACUACGAAGACUUCGUUAAGAUUACACGCAUGAGGGUCGCAAACGUUGAAGCAGGACAACCAGCUGAUAGUGCUGGUGAUGGCGCUGGCAGCGAUGCUGGUGACGAUGCCGGUAAUGAGAAUUGA